AUGCCUCCAUUGGGCCAUCGGAGCCCUCCCCUCCCACCUAACCUUGUUGCCCAAUCCGCCUGCCACGGUCCUUCAUCUCUGGCGGUAGAUCCGUUCAGAUCCGUGCUUGAUACUGCUUGUGAGGAUCUCAGGCAGCACUUCCCAAGCACGUCGGAUGUUUCCCCCCAGGUUUCUGGGGAAUAUACUGUGAGCUUCGAUCAGCCUGUCCCUGUGCCAGAUUUUGUGGCCGAUAACCCAUGCUCUGUAGUGCCACAGCCGAUGUCUGAUGGAACCCAACCCCACGCAGACUCGCUGAUCCUAGAGAAGGGCGCCGACGCGGACCAGACGAAAUCAGAGCCUCUACGCCGGCACAGCAGACACCGGCGGUCGAAUCGUGCUGUAGCCACGACAAGGAACGACCGAGACGAACACACAGCGAUCAUCAGGCAAGAUCUGGACCUGCCAUGUCAGCUGAGUGCACUGACCAACGGCAUGCAACACAUCCCGGUUAGAGACAUGUACGCCUGGGUACAUCGUCCCGUCGAGACACGCCGCCAGGAGGCUCUACAACGGCAUGGCAGGAUUUCACGCCCGAUGAAUUCAUUCAUGCUGUACCGGCUGGCGUAUAGUGAUCAAGCGAAGCAUUUGCUUGCACAGAACGAUCAUCAGGCCAUAUCCAUCCUCACCGGACGGAGCGGGAAAACGAAAACCUCCCAUAUCCGUAAGCAGUACAAGACGCUCGCAGUGACGGAGAAACAUAAGCAUGCUGGAGCGCACCCGGGAUAUCAGUUCUCGCCGUCAACCAAGAAGAAACGAUCGCAGAACGCAGGAGCCCGUUCUCAGAAAUUGGUGUUGCGCUCGGAGGCGUUCCCCAAAGUCAGCCGAAGCUCUCAGCCUCACGCUGGGUCUACUUCGUUGAACAAUGACCGCGUCAAUGAGGAGACCCUCAUCCAAAGCAUUCCAUCGAAUCCCGCUGGUUUUGGAUCAUUGCAAAGUGCCGCCUCGGUGUGGUGGCGGGAGAUAAUCUACUCUCAGAUGACCUCUGCUGAGCAAGUCUCCGCAGGCACCCAACCUUGUUUCCCUGUCGUCACGGGGCAACCGGGGAUACCGAACUCUGCUUGCUUUGUUCCCCAGUCCGGAUGCCCUGGGCUCGAAGCUGUCAACAGCCAACCAUUAUGGACACAAUAUCCCGACUAG